UCCAGAGUUCCCUUGUCCCUGUGCUAAGUUUUUUACUUGCAAUUGGUCUCACCUCGAAAGCUGACGUUUUUAGAACACGUGGACGAAGCCUGCCUGUAAAUGCGGCUUACCUUUGUCAGUCUCACCAACACCUGAAAUACAGCUCUUCCCUAGAGCUCUGUGCGGAGGGUGCUGGGACUGGACAGAGCCUGAACCAGAAGAGAAGAGUACAGAGCAGAGCCAUGAAUAUUGUCUUGGAUCUCCUCUUUCUUCUGAUCAUCAUCAUCUACUCCUACUUGGAAUCCUUGGUGAAGGUUUUCAUUCCCCGGAGGAGAAAAUCUGUAGCUGGGGAGAUUGUUCUCAUUACAGGAGCUGGGCACGGAAUAGGCAGGAAGAUUGCCUAUGAAUUUGCAAAGCGGAAGAGCAGAUUGGUUCUGUGGGAUAUUAAUAAGCAUGGUCUUGAGGAAACUGCAGCUGAAUGCAAAAAACUAGGGGCCACUACACAUGCGUUUGUGGUAGACUGCAGUAACAGAGAGGAGAUUUACAACUCUGUAAACCAGGUAAAGAAAGAAGUGGGUGACAUAACCAUCGUGGUGAAUAACGCUGGAACGAUAUAUCCAGCUGACCUUCUUAGUACAAAGGACGAAGAGAUUACCAAAACUUUUGAGGUCAACAUUCUAGGACAUUUUUGGAUCACAAAAGCCCUUCUUCCAUCGAUGAUGAGCAGAAACCAUGGCCACGUUGUCACAGUGGCUUCAGUGUGUGGUCACGGAGUGAUUCCUUAUCUUAUUCCAUAUUGUUCCAGCAAAUUUGCGGCUGUUGGCUUCCACAGAGCUCUGACAGCAGAACUUGAAGCCGUGGGGAAAACUGGUAUCAAAACCUUGUGCCUCUGCCCGGUUUUUGUGAACACCGGGUUCACCAAAAACCCAAGCACCAGACUAUGGCCUAUACUGGAGACAGAUGAAGUUGCAAGAAGCUUGAUAGAUGGAAUACUUACCAAUAAGAAAAUGAUUUUUGUUCCAUCCUAUCUCAAUAUCUCUCUAACACUAGAGAGAUUUCUUCCUGAACGUGCCUUGGCAGCUAUAAACCGUGUGCAGAAUACUCAAUUUGAAGCAGUGGUUGGCCACAAAACCAAAAUGAACUGAAUUAGAUGAGCUCUGGGCUGAGAUGUAUGCACCUUGAUGAUGUGGAACUAAAUUUAGAGUCAAUUCUCCAAAGCUUGAUUUCACAUUUUUCAGUGCUGUUACUAUUAAAAACUUAGCAAAAGUCAAAUGAACAAGACUAAUUAUCUGUCUUUCUCUUUCUUUUUUUUUAGGACCACACCCUCAGCACAUGGAAGUUCACACCACAGCCACAGCCACGCCAGAUUCUUAACCCAGUGAGCAAGGCCAGGGAUGGAACCCACACACUCACGGAUACUGGUCGGGUUCUUAACCUGCUGAGCCACAACGGAACUGCUGUCUUUCCCUUUCUCAAGAUGAUUUAUGUAGCUUUAACUGGGCUUACAUAAACAUACUUAAAAGGUCAUUCUUCCAUAAGAUGUUUCUUUUCUUUCCAUUUAAAGGUAGACAUAGCUACCUCUCUGAGAGUAAAUACAAUAAGAACUUAAUUGCACAGUGAAGUUUUAGGACUGAUCUUAGAAUAGCCUUCUAAUCUGUAGUCAAGCCACAGAAUGUCAGCAAGUACACAGUGUGAGAUAGCAGAGAUGAGGUUUAAGCAGGCACCUUGGCACCAAAAGACAGAUUACUCUUAUGAAAUUCAACAUCUGGACACUUUCUCUAGCUUCUCCCUUGUUCAUCAGCUCCAAAAGGUGCAAUAGUAUCUGGGCCCUUCUCACCUGACUCUGUCUCUUGAAUGGCUCUUACAGCCACCAGGAGAGAGCCUGCCCUCUUCAUAAUCUCUUAAAAUUCUAUGACAUUCCUAAGGUAAUCUUUCUUGAAUAUUGAAUUUGAAUCUGAAAUGUUAGCCUUAUGAUAACCUCUUUCUUUGUAGUUUAUGCUUUGACACAUCAUCGGUGCUGGAGAUGUUUAGACAGUUUUGAGUUUCAAAAGCAAAUACUAACACAGGAAAAGGAACGAGGCUGGCUACCCAAGAGCGUACAGUGGACCAUGAGAUGAAGAGGAAAACAGAGUGAUCUUUCUCUUUUUUUCAAUGGAAAGGAGACUCUGACUCCCACUAUAUCAAGGCUAAUCUUGCUUUUCUGGGUUUUUCACAUGGGUCACAGAGGGCUUUUGCAUCUGCUAUCCUCCUGUUUUAGCCUCAUUAAAAACAAAUGAUUAUAACCAAAUUAUUAAUAAAAACAAUUUUUAAAGAACAAAUGAUAAAUAUGUUGCUGUGCUUUAAAAAAAUAACCUCUUGUAUUUAUAAAAUUAAGAGUUUUAACUUCUAA